AUGGUGGAGAAUCUAGCGUCAGAUGUUAGAGUUUGGAGAUAUCCACAUUUUGUUCAAAUGAUGAUUGAUCGUGCUUAUCCUGGUAUUGACAGAGACAUUAAGGAUGAUCUUCUUGUUCUAGCACACAUGUCUAAUAUCUCGUUGAAGAACUUGGUCAAGUACCAUCCUCAUCAUCCAGAGCCGGAGUUGGUGAUUGAAAACUUCGGAUUACUUAAAGAUGCAAGUUAUGUGGAUCCUGAUCCAGAAAGUCAUCAAAACUGGAGAAAUGAAGAAGAAAUGAAAGAAGCAUUGUAUGCUGUGGAGUUGAAGAUAAUUCAGGGUUUCAAACCAACAAAGAAUGAGUGGUAUGUGAAGGAGUCUGGGCGCAGACGUAGACUUGUAACUCCUGUAGCUGAAGGUGAAGACACUACUAGUUCUUCUAGUGGGUCUGUUUUUGAAGUAGUUGAUGCAAGAGAGCGUGAAAGACGAAUGAGAGAGGAGGUAGAAAAGGAGAAGUUACUCAGAAAGAGAAAGAGAGAAGAGAAAGAAGAUGCACCUUAUGAACCUUCUCCAGAACAUGUUUCUGCAUCACAGUCUACUCCUAAGAGUAAAAAGAAAGCUGGAGUCUUGAAGUUGCAAAAGAGAAUUGAUGAGGUGAUAGCAGAAAACAAAAAGUUGGCGGAUGAAUGCAAAAGAAUUGCUGAAAGAGAAAAGUCUCUUGCUGGUAAGGUGCAGAGAUUAGAAGGUGAAAACAAAGUGUUGGAACUGAAGAUUGAAGUUGAUCAGACGGAAAUUGAUGUUUUGAAAGUUAGAGUGUCUGAGUUAGAAGAGGAGAAGAGUCGUCGAGAAAGUGAAAACGAGUACUAUAAGUUGAAGAAUAAAGAGCUUAUGGCUGCUAAAGCGUUGCAUGAACACAAGUUCUACAUGCUGAAUAGAAUUGUGGAAAGCAUGUUAGAAACAACAGUGGAUCAGAAGUAUGAAGAGUUGAAAUUAGAAGAUCUUCGUGCUGAACGUAAAGCAGAAGUAGAAAGGCAAAUGAAAGAUAAAGGUAAAGCUGUUGAAGGAAGUUCCGUAAUGUCUAUUGUGCCUUCAAUGGUGAUAGAUAAUCUAGUGCCUAUAUCCUCAGUUCCUGGUAUAGUUGAAGAAGAAAUUCAAUCGCCAAAGUUAAUUGGUGGCGAAGAAGAAGAGGAUGAUGGAGGUUCUGGUGUGAGAGUUACUGAAGCUUCAAAAGAAAAAGUCGUUGAAGAUCUGCUAAACGAUACAGUUAAUGAAGAAAGUGGGGAAGCUGAGAGAAAGGGGGAGUCGAGUAGGAAUCAGAUUGUCGAACAUCAUGAACCGUUGUUCUUAUGUCUAGAUGUGUAUAGGGAGAUGUUAAACGAUGUAAAUCCCGAGAAUCCAAUUGAUCUUGAAGCUGAUCUGGAAUCUUUUGAUAUCACUAAACAGAAAGAUUACAAGUAUAACUAUGUUGAGGAUGCACAUCAGUACGAUAGGGUGGAAGUAGAGGAUUGUUCUGAUAAUGAGGAUGUCCCUGAAGAUACAUCAAAACUUCCGACGUUAAUGGAGUUUUUCGCAGCAGAAAACAGAGAAGAGUUGCGUCAGAAAGUGACUGAAGCGGUGAAUGAAAAUGUGUUCGAGUGCUUGAGAAAAGAAGCUGAACAAGAAAGUCAAUCAAAUGUUGAGAGAGAAGAUCAUUCAAAAUGGUUUAAAGACAGUCAUGAAAGAAUGUUCAAGAGGCCUUUGAAGUUUUUCCAACGUGAUAGAUCUAUUUCUCUUGGUGAUAUCAUCAGUUGGGGUUUUCUUCCUCAAGUCAACGCCUAUGCAGUUAGAAGAGAAUAUGGUGUCCAAUACUUUAAACGUUUAUAUGACAUUAUGUCAUUACCAUGGUGGGAUGUCGAUGAGUUAUCUCAGGUGAGAACGUUGGAGUAUCAGGUGAGACAGAAUGAUAAAGCUAUGUGGGGAUAUAUCAAGUACGAGACUCUAAGAGGUUAUCUGAAAUGGAAACCUCAUCGUCCAAGACGGGUUGAAAGAGUAGAUCCUGAAACUGGUGUAAGGGAAACUAUUCUGAAUGUAAAGCCUCCAAGAACCAUGACGAAGAUUCCUAUGCCAGAAAUGGAACAAGAUUUUUACAAAGGGUUCAUUGAUUGGGUGUAUAGCUGUCUUACAACUGAAGCUAUCAUUACAUACAGAGCUGGUAGUGAGCUGAGAUAUAUUCGUGUCUAUGAUCCGAUGUGGCUGGUGAAUUGUUCGGCAAAAGACAUCGAAUGCUUGUUUAUUCACAAGAUUCGUUAUAAAGCAGAAGAUAAAGAUCAAGCUCAACAGUUCCAAUGCGUUGUAUCAUUGUGCUUUCGAAAAGGAAUCAAUUCCGAAAGCAAGUGGAAAUCGUCUUGGUGGGCAUUGGAUGAAAAGAUGAAGAAGAAAGCUAAGCGUGAACGUGAAAAUCGUAGGAUGGAAGGGAAAAGAGGAAAGUUUUUGAAGAAACAACAGGAAGAAGAGAAGGCAGAGAAUCGAAAGCGUGAAAAGAUCAGAGUUGCAUUAAGCAGGAAGCCUAAAGGGCAUGAAGAACAUUACAAAGCUGCUAUCUGA